GCGUGCCAUUCAGUAGUAUAUAAGUCUUCCUGAACCCCCCAAAUCCCUCAACUCUCUGGGAGUAUAUUUUGGCGAACAAUCACCAAGAAAAUAAGGCAUGGCAAAUUCCACCCAGUUGAAAUCCGAAGCCCUCAUGGAGCAAAUGAAACUCCAUAUGUCAACCGAUGAAGGAAAAAAGCUUGUUAAAAAAAUUGGCUUGGUUUAUCAGAUUAACAUAGCCCCCAAGAAAGUUGGGUUUAAUGAGAAGUCUUUUGUGGUUGAUCUGAAGAAAGGGGCAGUUAAGGAAGGGCCGUACGAGGAUGGGAAGCCUGAUGCCACAUUUUCAUUUACUGACGAUGAUUUUGUUAAGGUUGCAUCUGGGAAGAUGAAUCCUCAAAUUGCUUUCAUGAGGGGUGCAAUGAAGAUAAAAGGUAGCAUAAGUGCGGCUCAAAAAUUUUCACCAGAUAUUUUCCCCAAACCCUCGAAGAUGUGAGCAGUCAGGUCAUAAUGUACUAGAUUACGAGUCAAGGAUAUUUUUUAUUUAUUUCAUUAAAGUUGUGUUUUUAGCCAAAAUUUCACCCAUGGUUUAUGAAGAUAGCAAUGAUAUUAAGUCAGCACGUGUAUCUUAAAGAUGAAAUGGAUGUUUUAUUCUGUGUCAUGGCACUUGACUGAAGGCAUGCUCUUCAUAAGGAUUUCAAGACACAAAUCUUCAUGUUGUACUUAGCCCAUUGAAAUAAAUAAUCUCAUUGAUUUACGUGUUUC